AUAGGGAGGAUGGGGUCCAGACUCCAGACAGCCUCCAGCCUCCAAUUCCCAAGCGCAAGGAGAAAGCACGGCGGCGGCGGCGGCGGCGGCGGGCGGAGACUCCGAGGAGAGGCAGCAGACGACAGGGCUCUCCUUCUGCUUCUGCUGAGAUGAAGGCCACCGUCAAGGGCCGCUACGAGGGCGACAAGGCCACCGCCGCCACCACCCUCGCCGUCCCCGCCGCUGGCGACCUCCGCUUCAAGGCCUCCGCCACCGAGGCCGCCUUCGCCAACGGGCCCUCCCUCCGGGGCCUCACCUUCACCCUCGAGAAGCCAGGCGCCUUCCUCAUCGACCUCAAGCCACACAACCAGGAUGUGCGCUUCCAGUUCAUGAACUCCGCGCUCGUGCUCGACAAGCGCGUCAGCCUCACCUACACCCACUCCACCACCCUCGCCCCGCCCCCGGCACCCCCCGCCGCCGCGCCGCCCUCCCGCACCGCGCUCGACUGCUCCGUCACCUUCGAUCCCGCCAACAAGGUCAACUUCAGCCACUCCAUCGGCUCCGGCGGCUGCCGCGUCAAGUACACCUACGCCCACGGCCCCGACCGCCUCACCACCAUCGAGCCCCUCUUCGACACCAACAAGAACGCCUGGGAGUUCGCCGUCUCCAGGAAGUUCCAGGGAGGGGACGCCAUCAAGGGCACCUACCACGCAUCCACCAAGCUGCUCGGCCUCGAGUGGACCAGGGAUUCCAAGGCCAGCGCCUCCUUCAAGGUUGCGACGACGUUUGAUCUGUCCGAUCAAAGCAAAGCACCAAAGCUAAUAGCGGAGAGCACUUGGAACUAUGAGAUAUGAUUGCCUGAGGCAGCAGGCAGCUCUUUAUCCCCAUAAAAAUGAAAGCACCCUCGCCACACAUACUGUAUCCUGUACUUUGGAACUAUUGUUUUCGGGUGGGUGCGCCCUGAUGGUUUAUAUCUGGUUGUGUUAAUCAUUUUUUGGCUGUCAUGCGACAGGAGUUUUCGCUGAUCGCUUUUCGCUGACUGACGAUCCAUUGAUGCUAUGACGUUGGAAUCUGGGAAUGAAUGAAUACCGAGUACGGUUUAUAUUCA